CCAAACACGUUAAAACCGCUGACAGAGCGAGACAGUUCGGGCCUCAAGCAUCUCCGGAGGAUUUUGGACGUACAGCUUAAGGUAUCUGCUUGUUAUUCUGAAUUUUGUUUCAGGAUGUCUUUAAAUGGCAGUUUUUUGACCGAGGAGCAGUUCACAUGCUCUAUAUGCCUGGAUGUGUUCACCAAUCCUUCAUCCAUACCAUGUGGCCACACCUUCUGCAUGGCCUGCAUCACCAGAUACUGGGAUGGAUCUCAGGUUUGCCAGUGUCCUUUAUGUAAGAAGACCUUUCAGAAGCGACCGGACAUCCAGAUCAACAGGACUCUGCGAGAGAUAACUGAUCAGUUCAAAUCUAUGAAAGGUGGAGGGUCAGUGAAGGACAAGAAGGGAAAAAUGAUGGGACACAAAAAUCACAACUUUAUGGCAGAACUAAAAAUGAAGCUGCCAAAACCUCUGGCCAAAGACGUUGCAGCUCUGACCGGCACAACUCAAUCCCAGGCGCAUUCUUUCCCAGGCCUGUCCACGUCAACUUUGCACCCGACUGGCACAACCACGAUGGCUUUGUCGGUACCGAACCACCGCGGGUCUUCCAGUCUGAACCACAGCCCCGAGAAUCAACAUCUUAACCAUCAUCACUUCCCUCAUAUGAUGUCCUACUCCAACAGCCGCAGGAGGUUCACUCUGAGUGGAGCGGCCAGUAGCGAGAACGUCCCUCUGUGCGAAAUCCAUAACAGAGGAAUACUGCUUUACUGUAAAUCCGACCAAGUGUGCAUCUGUCCUGAAUGUGAGAUCGAAGACCACAACGAUCAUGACACCGUCACUGUGGAGGCCGAGUGGAUGGAAACUAAGAUGCUGCUGAGGGACUCAGAGCAGGACAUCCAGGACAUGAUCAGCGAGAGGAGGAGGAAGAUGGAGCAGAUCAGGGAGUCUGUGACGGAGCUGGAGAUGGCGGUGGAGCGGGAGACGUCGGGCACCGUGUGCCUCUUCUCGGCGCUGGCCUCCGCCAUCGAGCGGUCCCAGGCGGAGCUGAUAGAGGUGAUGGAUAACAGCCGCAGGUCCGCGGAGCAUCAGGCCGACGCCAUGAUCCAUCAGCUGGAGAAGGAGAUCGAGGAACUCCAGAGGAGAGAAGCUGCUCUCGCUGAACUCGCCCAGUCAGAGGAUCACGUCCACUGCGUCAAGACUUUCCCCAGCCUGUCCACGCCUCCAGUCACCAAAAACUGGACCGGAGUGUCGCUGAAUACCGACCUGGGAACGGCCGCCAUCUACAGAUCUUUGGCAGCUACAGUGGAAAAGUUCCAGCGAGAUCUAAGGAAUAUUCUAGAACAUGGUUUUCCGUCUCCGAUAUUGGAAGCCAGUCUGGCACAAACAAAGCCCAGAGAAAGGAAGAUGCAGGAUUUUGCAUUGAACGUCACCCUGGACUCCAAUACUGCCCAUCCCAGACUGGUCCUGUCAGAAGACUUGAAAAGUGUUUGGUGUGGAGAUCGACACCACCACGUUCCAGAUACUCCAGAGAGGUUCGACAGAGUCGUCUGUGUCCUGGGAAGAGAAGCAAUCUCCCAUGGAAAACAUUACUGGGAGGUGGAGGUGAACGGGAAAACGGACUGGGAUCUGGGCGUGGCCAGACAGUCCGUCAACAGGAAGGGGAAGAUCGAUUACACCCCAAACAACGGCUUCUGGUUCCUCAGCCUAAGAGACAAACACAAAUACGCCUUUCGCUCUGAGCCGUGCACAGACGUGGAGAUGAACCUCCGACCUCAUAAGAUUGGAAUAUUUGUGGACUAUGAGAAAGGAGAGGUAUCUUUUUACAACGUCGAUGCCAAAGUCCACAUCUACACUUUCCAUGACAUCUUCACCGAAAACCUCUUCCCCUUCUUCAGCCCCUGCACCAACAAAUCAGGAAAAAACGAAAUGCCGCUGAUCAUCACUCCAGUACACAUGGAGUAAAAGCCAACGUGUUUUUAAAGUUCCUCAGAUACUUCAGAAUGAGUUUUGUUUCUGUUUUUACAGCUUUUUCCACCUUUAUGAGUAGAAAUCUAACACAUAAUUAGAGUUAAUUAUGAGUUACAUCAUUAACUCAUACUGUAGUUGGAAUCCCAGGACUGAACCUGAUUUACAGUUUCUGUUUUUCUUUGUUGCUGAUGCUUCUAAAAACAAGCUAGCCUCACCUGAGAGGCUCAGAAAGUGGAAAAGGACAAUAAUUUCUGACUUUAUUUGGUUUUCAUCUCUUGAACCAUAUUUUAACAAUUCCAUUUACAAAAUGUACGUUAUUCAUGUAAAAUACCUUUAAAUAUUUACAGCAGAGGAAAAACAGUGUGGCUGCAUUUUUCACAAUAUUUAGUAUCAUAGUUUUGGUUUAAAUGCCAUAUUCAGUUACAUUGAAAGGAGAAUUUAGAUGCUUUUGAAGUGGGGUUCUGUCGAGAGGUUAUUAGCAGCUAACAACUUACCUGCAGUCGAUAACUAUAGUAGCAUCUUUAUUUUCCAUGACAAGAGUUUAGAGGCUAAAGCUAACUGCUAGUCUGUGCUGAGCAAAGGGAAAACUGGAUGUAUUCUGAAAUGACUCCAAUAAAAAAAAAAGGUGUUACUUUGUAUUAAAUGGUUACCUGGCAGUGGUUGGAACCUUCUGCUAAUGUGCUAAUAGUGGAGCUAACUUUUUGUUUAGCACUUUUAGCAUUUUUGUUAACUUUAAAUAUGUUUAGCGCUCCCAGUUUCCUCUAAAUUAAUUUUUCUGUAUAAAAGCUAAAGCGUUAAUUUACUUGAUAACUUCUAGCAUGUGAAACUGAGCUCAGGAGUUUCCACUGGUUUUAGCCUGUUUUUUAUUUUCCUGCUGUGUUAUAUAUUAUGAGUUCAUUAAUAAAUAAAUAACAGUACUGAAGA